AUGUGUUGUACUAAUGGCAAAGUGAAAUUGCCAGCAUUCGAAUCUCCACCUGAUCCACUGCACUCAUUGAUUUUUGGAACAUCACCAACGUCCAAGCAUUUUUUGUCCCACAUUCAAGAAUAUAAUACGCCAUUUCAAAUGACUUCUUUUGGUGUGACAAAAUUUAUAAGAGACAGUUUUAUGCCGAUGUUCAAGGGCAGAUUUAUUAUAAGAGCUGGUUCAUUAUUGCCAUUCCCUGACACUGAACCUCAAUUUUUGCAAAUCUAUUUUGUUGGGAAUAGCAAUGAUGAAUUGAAUCGGCGUUGUGCAAUUGCUCCAAGUGCAAGGCGUCAAAUUAUUUUGGACCUGCAAAUUUUUUUCCAUCAACACAAUGAAUUGGUUCAAUUGUUCAAAACCGCUCUUGAUCUUAUGCCAUCCGAUAAUCAUAGAAUAGUAAUAAGAGCCAACAAAACGCCUUUUGGAGAGCAUGCAAGACGCUUCAAUGCACCAACCAUUGAUGAAGUGGCCAUUGUAAUUGUUGGAGAGCAGUUUCUAUCUCGCGAUAAUGUGCUACACCGAAGAAAUGAGCAAUUGCAGCGUGUAUCAGAGCUUCAUCGUAGCUAUAAUGCAUUUAAGUAUCCAUUAUUGCACUGGAAAGAUGACGACGGCUAUCAUAUCAAUAUACCAAUGAUAGAUCCACGAACCGGUCGCGACAUACCAGGCAAGACAGUUAGUGCGAUGAACUAUUUCUCAUACAGAAUCAUGGUUCGUCCACAAGAAGACAACUUCAUUUUGAGGUGUGGCAAACUAUUCCAUCAAUAUGCUGUGUACAUGUAUGCGAAAAUUGAAUCAGAACGUCUCAAUUACCUUAGAUUCAAUCAAGCGGCAUUGCGAUCGGAAGAGUAUAUACACUUACAAGAUGCAAUAGUGAAUGAUGGCGAUGUCAAUAAUAUUGGACGUUUAAAAAUAUUACCAGCGACUUAUAUUGGCAGUCCGCGUCACAUGCAAUGUCGUCAGACACCAACAUACCGCCACGAUAUAACAGCACGUGUAUUUCGACAGAAAUUGAAAGCGCUGAUUGAUUUGAUUAUCAAAUUGCGAGUAUUUGGAGAGGUGCGUUGCUGGAUGUACUCGAUCGAACGGCAAAAGAGAGAGCUUCCGCAUGCAUAUAUAUUGAUAUGGCUGGUACGUAAAAUAACACCGGAUCAAAUUGAUAGCAUUAUAUCAGCUGAAAUUCCAGAUGAAAUUGCUGAUCCUGAAUUAUUUGAAGUUGUCAAGAAAAAUAUGAUUCACGGUCCUUGCGGGGCAUUCAAUUUGAAUUCUCCAUGCAUGAUCGAUGGAAAAUGUUCAAAACGGUACCCAAAAGCAUUGACUUCUGACACACUAGCAGGUGAUGAUGGAUAUCCGUUGUACGAACGUCGGUCUACGGAAGAUAAUGUCCAUACGGUAACGGUUAGAAUGCAAAAUCAAGACAUCGAAGUUGAUAAUCGUUGGGUAGUUCCAUACUCACCACUAUUGUCGAAAAUAUUUAAGGCACACAUUAACGUUGAGUAUUGCAAUUCGGUCAAAUCGAUCAAAUACAUUUGCAAGUAUGUCAACAAAGGCAGUGAUAUGGCUGUUUUCGGAGUAGCUGCUGACAAUAGUCAUGAUGAAAUCGCUCAAUAUCAAAUAGGCCGCUACAUGAGCACUAAUGAGGCUCUUUGGAGAAUUUAUUCAUAUCCGAUGCAUGAACGGUCUCCUGCUGUUUUUCAUUUGGCAGUUCAUCUUAAAAAUGGCCAACGUGUAUAUUUUACCAAUGAAAAUGUUCAAGAGAGAGUGGCACGUUCACCAGCAACAACAUUAACCACAUUUUUUCAAUUGUGCGCAAGUUAUGAAUUUGCCAGAACUUUGCUGUAUUCAGGUGUAACGCAUUAUUACACUUUGACUGCACAAAAAACAUGGCAACGGCGUAAAAAGGGAACAGCAGUUGAUGGCCAUCCAGGUCUUUUCUAUGCAGAAACUAUGGGAAGACUAUACACAGUUCAUCCAAAUAUGGUAGAAUGUUAUUAUUUGCGGCUGUUGUUAGAGAAUGUUGUGGGGCCGCGUUCAUUUGAAGAUUUGCGAACAGUUAAUGGUCAUUUAUGUGCUUACGUAUCGUGA